AUGCGAGCAGAGGACGAAGCUCGCUGCAAGGACCGCUUGAACUCCCUGGCCAUCUCUGUCAUGAAUCAGUGGCCAGGGGUGAAGCUGAGGGUGACAGAGGGCUGGGAUGAGGAUGGGCACCACUCAGAGGAGUCGCUGCAUUACGAGGGCCGAGCUGUGGACAUCACAACCUCAGACAGGGACCGCAACAAGUACGGCAUGCUGGCUCGCCUGGCUGUGGAGGCUGGCUUUGACUGGGUCUACUACGAGUCCAAAGCACACAUCCACUGCUCUGUCAAGUCAGAGCACUCGGCCGCUGCGAAGACAGGGGGCUGCUUUCCUGGGAGGGCACUGGCAACGCUGGAGGACGGUGCCCAGACACCACUGUGGGCACUGCGGCCGGGCCAGCGAGUGCUGGCAAUGGACGGGGCGGGCAGGCCCACCUACAGUGACUUCUUGGCUUUCCUGGACAAGGAGCCCCGUGCCCUAACCACCUUCCAUGUCAUCGAGACGCAGGAGCCGCCCCGGCGCCUGGUCCUGACGCCCACCCACCUGCUCUUUGUGGCAGAGAACGCUUCAGCACCCACCGCCCACUUCCGCCCCAUCUUUGCCAGCCUUGUGCGCCCUGGACAUUUCGUGCUGGUGGCUGCAGGGGGAGGCAGCUUGCAGCCUGCCAAAGUGGUGGGGGUGCGGGACCGGAGGGACGUGGGAGCCUAUGCCCCGCUGACACGCCAUGGGACACUGGUGGUGGAUGGUGUGGUGGCCUCCUGCUUCGCCCUGCUGCAGGAACAACAGCUGGCACAGCUGGCCUUCUGGCCACUCCGGCUCUACCACAGCCUGGUGGGGUGGCCAGGGGCACAGGGGGAUGGUGUGCACUGGUACUCAGGGCUGCUCUACCGCCUGGGCAGGCUGCUCCUGCCCCCCGACAGCUUCCACCCACUGGGGGUACCCCGGGCGGAGAGCUGAGGGUGCACCGCAGCUGCAGCCAGCACUGCUGGUGGAGGUGGUGGCUGCAGGGUGACUCACUGGGGGCCAGCAUCCCCUCCCAAACCUGGAUGCCCAU